ACAAUGCAAUACGGAUAGGAGCCAGCGCGUAAUGUUGGCAUGACCGAUGAGCUAUGGAGACUUCUUGACUUUGAAAUGCAGGGACAUAAAUAGGUAUAUCUCUCCCCAACCAGCAAUCUGCCUUACGGUAAACCAGUCAGUGCUGUGAGUUAGGGCCCCAUCUCAGAAUGAAACUAGGUUCAGGUUGUGGAGCAUGCGCUAUAUAAACCUUGUGGAUAGGUCCAUUGAGAGGAUACAGCAGACGUUGUAGAGGCCUGACUGCCUCCGAGCUCCGAGCUCUGCGCUCCGCUGGUCUAAGACUGACUCGACUCCGUACAUCAUCACUCCGUGGUCGGGGAUCGGUGCGACAAGAUGAAACCAUCGAGGUCCCCUACCAGCCGAGGCCUACCCGGCAAGCCGUGCAUCGUCUUACUGUUGAUGGGGAUAGCAUCUAUCCGCUUCACCAGUGCCAGUGUGAACAGGACGGCCGUGCUAGACAGCAUACUGAAUGGUUAUGACAACCGCAUCAGGCCGGACGGCGUAGUGGAAACAGCUGAAGGUUCACAUGAACCAAACGAAGAUCUCCCAUUGCAAAUACGGGUUGAAGUCUACAUUGAAAGCGUGGACAGCAUUAAAGAAUCGACUAUGGAUUUCUCGGUGACUCUGUACCUGAGGCUGUUUUGGCAGGACACGCGGCUGACCUUCAGCGGCAACCGUAGUCUGGUCCUGGGCAGCCAAGGCAUCGACAAGAUCUGGGUACCAGACAUAUACUUCUUGUUCGAGAAGAACGCCAGGGUGCACACGGUGACGCAACCCAACAAGCUGAUGCGAGUCAAUCCGAACGGGAAGGUGUCUUUCAGUGCGAGGAUCAGUUUGACGGUUGCAUGCAACAUGCAACUGCACAAGUUUCCGAUGGAUGCACAGACGUGCAGUAUCAUCAUGGCCAGCUACGCCUACCCGAUGGCGGAUGUCGUCCUUCACGUGGACAACCAUAGCAUCGGUAUGGAGCCCAACAUCACCAUCUCGAAAUUCACACUGACGGGCAUGGGGGUCAAACAGGGCACACUGAUCUUCUCUUUAGGGAAGUUCAGCAGCGUGAGUUGCUACUUCUACUUUAUGCGUCAGAUGGAGUCCUACUUCCUAACCGUGUACAUUCCCACCGUGUUGCUGGUCAGCAUCGCAUGGCUGUCGUUCUGGAUCGACGCCAACGCAGCGCCAGCACGCGUCGCUCUGGGGAUAACCACGGUACUGACUGUGACUACCAUGACGGCUGGCAUACAAGAGACCCUACCGGUUGUCACUUACGCAAAGGCAAUCGACAUCUGGUUGGUAGUGUGUCUCAUGUUUGUAUUCUUCGCAUUGCUUGAGUACGGCAUGGCAAAUUUCCUCCUCGUCAGACAGGCCAACGCAGCACGAAAUGUCCCGGCAUCCACCGAUGCCGCAACCAAAGGAGGGCAGACUUCUGAAGGAGGCCCUCAAGAGCCGAGCCAACCCAAGCCUUCCAUGACGGCCGAUCGUCUGGACCGAUACGCCCGAUGGGCUUACCCGAUCGCCUUCCUGAUAUUUGGCGGUUGCUAUUGGAUAACCUUUCUCGCAAUGGAUUAACGUAAAGCUGUGAAAUUAAAGGAAACAAUCUAUCGGUGCCUGUUUUCGUUUUGAUUGACAAACAUGUGAAUUUUAGUCUGAGGAUUCUUCACAGACAUAUUUUUAAACCACUGUAUUAAAAGUAUGUACAUUCAGAGAUGCCGAGCGAGAUUAUGAGAGAAACACACUUGAUAAAUAACUUGGAAAGACACAAACUCUCCCUGCUGGGAGGGGAUCCCAAGGACCUUCUGAGUGGCAGAGGCAUGUAAUGUGAGAUUUAUUAAUUUCCAUGAUGGAAGGAAUAUAGUGCACCAUUUUAUUAGUACUUAUUGAAACUACUUAUCUCCCUUGGGUGUGUUCAAAAAUCAUAUUAAAAUUGGUGGAAGUAGGACUUUCAUACUUUCGUACCAUGCAGUAGGCCUAUUUUGUACAUACAUUUAACUCGUGAUGUGAAUAAAUUGAACUUGUUGAGUUACACAGUUUUCAUACCAAACUGUCACA